AUGGGUAGUUUUCCGAAUUUUGGAGCUUUCGUGCUCCGAGCACAGGAGAAAACAGGUAGGACGUGCAUCAAUGGACUUCCAGUUGCAUCUCCAUCGAAACAAAUGCUCGGAAGGUUUCCUUACUUGCAAUCUCUUCGGCACGACAACCUAUCAAUAUAUGUACAUUUUUCAGAAACUGUUAUAGCUCGUGACUUGGUUAUUGUCGUAAUAGAACAUCACUCAGAAUCAUUAGGAGAUGUCCUGAAAGCUGGAGAACUGAAAGACGAAAAUAGGAAAAAUGUCCUCUAUUUGGAAAUUUCAUCGGCAAUGGAUUGCUUACAUCGAAACGGUGUUGUACAUGGAUUUUUAGAUGUUAAUUCUGUGAACAUAUCCAAAAAACGAGAAGAAAUCACUGCGAAACUUUCUGGAUAUGGAUUACCUUUUCUAACAAAUUAUGGAAAGGAUAUCGCUUCAUCUAUGAAAUUCGGUGUUUUCCUUGCACCGGAAAGAAUUCUAAACGAGGAUGAGUCAUUAUUCUUAGCCACUUAUCAGUCUGAUGUAUGGGAAAUGGGAUUUGUUCUUCUACAAAUUUAUUUGGGAGCAACGCUUGAACCAGAUAUCAGCGAAACAGAAUACUUGGAGAUACUGAAUAAAAAUUUCACUGAUGAUUCUACAGUUACCAGUACUGUUAUGGACGACAUUAUUCAACUCUUGAUUGAUAAAAAACGCCUUCCAUAUCACAAGAAAUGCGAAUGGCUGGAAACUGUAAUUCGAAAUUGCUUGCAAAUGGGUUGUUCAAACCGAAUAUUAGUGCCUGAAAUAGCUGAACGAAUUAAAGAAAAUGUCGGUUCGAUUCCUUCCGAAGACAAUGUUGAAUCUUUGUAUAAACUCAAAACAGUUGAUGAAAUGCGAGCGAGAGUUCGGGAAGAUGUGCUAAAAGACUAUGAUGGAUUCGAGAAAUUAUCGAUAGAUAAUUCAUUUUAUCUUUGGAAAACCUGUGGAUCAACACCUGAAAUCAUUCUUCUCAAAAAAGGAAUUAUUCAAAAUCAUGCCCCUAUUUCUUCGUAUCCAUCGAUUCGAUUUGAUGAUUUCAAUCAAAUUGAUCAAACAGUUGACGGUCAAUCAACAUUUGAGUAUGGUGUAUUCGAAUUACCAAAGGAGAGAACUCUAGCGAAAAUGGAGCACGGACUGAAGGUUUCUGCAAAAAUGUUUCAUAAGAUUGGUGUAAACAAGGACGAAGAUCAUCAGAACGAAAAUAUACUCUAUGAAACAGCUUCAAACAUGCUCACAAUUGAACAUUUUCUAAAUUCUACAGCCGUCUUCGGAGUAUCUUCAGUUGUUUCAAGUCUGUCAAGUAUUGGAGUAAUCUCGACACAAAGAUCUGACGUUUGGUGUACAUUACUCGAUGUAGAUGAAACGAAAUGGAGAGAUUAUUUAAAUCUGGAUGUUCUUGCAUCACAUUCCAGUGAUCGUCAGCUUGAAGUCGAUAUUCCACGUUGUCAUCAGUAUGAUAGUUUUAUGACAACUCCAGCAAUACAAGAGUCUCUUCGAAAAGUACUCAAAGGAUGGCAAAUAAUCACGGAAUCUGAUAAUUACGUUUAUUGGCAAGGAUGUGACAGCUUAGCAACACCAUUUUUGCUGGCAAACAUGAGUAAGCCACAUGUGGCAUAUGCUUGUUUCAAAGAAUUUACUCACAGAUAUUGUCACAAAUUUUAUUUGAAAGACAACUCAGAAGUUAUCAAAGAAUAUCUUGGAAUUUUCUACCAUCUUGUCGCCUACGUGGAUCCAGUUCUGUAUAAACAUUUGAAAAGCAAUGGAUUCGAUGCUGAGCUGUUCGCAAUUCCAUGGUUUCUGACCUGCUUUGCUCACGAACUUCCACUUUCGAAACUUGUACGCCUCUGGGAUGAAACAAUGAUUCAUGGUAAUGCAUUCCCAUUGAUGAUUGCCCUUGCGAUGUUGAAUCGACUCCGGGAUAAGUUGUUAUCUGUGAACUUCAAUGACAUGAUUAUUAUCAUUCAUGAUCAACCGGAUUUAACUAUUGAUGACAUCAUCAAAAACGCUAGAGGUUACGAGAAUCUCAUUCCACCAAGUUGCACAUUCCGAGUACAUGCUAGUCCGUGGAAAGAAAACAACUCUGGAGAAGUUCACUGUCUGAUGAAUUCAAUGAAAGGCUUGUCAUUAGGGGAACUUGCUCAACUUCAUUGCCCAAGGCUCUCAUCGGAAGAAUUGAUUUGGCGUAUUGAACGAAAUUUGAUUUAUAUUAUUGAUACUCGCCAAGAAUCUGAAUUUCAAACUGAACAUUUUUCCAAUUCAUUCAAUCAUCCGAAUAACAACCACGAAGCAGAUAUUGAUUGGCUCCGUUUCUUGCCUGGAAUUGUCUCCAGUGAAUUACCCAAAUGUUUCUUAUAUGGGAAAAACGAUAAGGAAGCGACUGAAAAACUUGCAGAAGCCUAUGUGAUGAAAGGAGUUCCAUAUGUCUGUAUACUUCAUGAACCAUUUGAAACAAUCAAGAACAAAGAUCCUUUUGUUGUUAAGGCAUAA